AUAAAAGGGAAACCUGUCCUCAGCAGAGAUCCAGGGCACUGCCUGACCCUCUCUUGCCUUUCCACGUUGGGCACCCUGAUGGAGGCUCCUGCUGAGGAACACAACUGCUGCUAUCGGAUCUGUGAUGAUAUGUGAUCUCCUGGAUACAAUCAGGCACACACACAAGUACCAGGCACUCCUGCUCAGCUGAGCAAAAUGUCUUUCUCCUGAAGUGGUGCUCAUCACAGCCUCCAGAUCCUUGACGAUGUUGCCAUGCUUUCCUUCCUGCCUCCUGCCUUUUGCUGGCUUUGCCUGCCUGCUUUUCCUGCCUGGGGGUCAUCUUUGCCCUGCUGUUUGUAGCUGUAUGGACUACCACACCAUAGACUGCCGGGAUCAAGGACUCCCAAGUGUUCCCAAUCCCUUCCCAUUGGAUGUACGGAAACUUCUUAUAGCUGAUAACAACAUUCAGGCAAUACCAGCUGACUUCUUUAUAUUUUAUGGAGAUCUAGUCUAUUUGGACUUCAGGAAUAACUCCCUCACCUCUUUAGAAGAGGGCACUUUUAGCAGUUCUACCAAACUGGUGUAUUUAGACUUAAGCUACAACAAUUUAACGCAGCUCGAUGCUGGGAUAUUCAAAUCAGCAGAGAAACUGAUAAAACUGAGCCUCGGAAACAACAACCUGGUGGAUGUGGACGAGGCUGCUUUUGAGAACCUGGACCAGCUCCAAGUGUUAGAAUUGAAUGACAAUAACUUACAGAGCCUGAACGUGGCAGCCCUGGAAGCGCUGCCCUCCCUGCGGACCAUCCGCCUGGAGGGCAACCCCUGGGUGUGUGACUGUGACUUUGCCAACCUCUUCAGCUGGAUCCAGGACAAUGCAUCCAAGCUCCAGAAAGGUCUCCAUGAAAUCCAGUGUUCCCUGCCCGUGGAAAACAGGAGGAUCUUUCUGAACGAGUUAUCUGAGGUCAGCUUCAGUGAAUGCAAAUUCAGUUUGUCAUUGACAGACCUUUUCAUCAUCAUCUUCUCUGGAGUCGCCGUGUCCAUCGCUGCGAUUCUCUCCAGCUUCUUCCUGGCCACCCUGGUGCACUGCUUCCAAAGGUGUGCUCCCAGCAAGGAUGAUGAUGAAGACGAAGAUGACUGUGAGGACUGAACUCAGUCGAAAUCCUUAAGUUUCCUGGGUUUAUCAGUUACCAGAUCAUCAGCCAAAGUCAAUGAGUGAAAAAAAAAGUAGAGUGAAAGCUUUAAACAUAAGCUCACAAUGUGUAAGGAUCUCCUCUAGCCACUGCUGGUCACAGGCAGGAAUGGCAGACCUGGGACUGUCACCUCUUCUUGCACAUGUACCCUGCUGCAAUCACACCAGGUUGAUUUCCAUGGUCCUUAACCAAACACUGCAUUUAAGCUUGAAGAUUGAAGGAAAAAGGGGGGGAAAGCCAAAAAAAAAAUUUCCAGUGUUUUAAAAGAUGAGUUUCCAGACUGUCCUGAUGAAAUGCAGGUUUUCAUAAGUGCUUGAAACUUGUUCUAGAUACACUUUGAAAAUGACUGGAUGAAUGGACCUAUUUCAGGUUGAAAAUACAGAAGAAAUUCAAAAUAGUAUCCUUCCUAGAUCUAAGUACUGGGAGAUUCUAUUAAAACUCACACAAAAUGCAACUAAAAUGAUUCCUAGAAUUGUAGAAAGCAUGAGAGGAAGGUUGGCAUUUCCCCCCUACAAAAGUUCUCCAGAAACAUUCAUCCUCCAUUUAAUGACAGCAAUUGCAGGCACCAUUCAGCAAAAAAAAAAAAUUAUUUCUGUAAGUGAAUAUGAUUCUGGAUCUGAGUCAUCCACUGCAGAUGCCUGGCACUUCUUUGGUCAUGGCACAAAUACUAAAUUUAACAUCCUUUUGCAAUUUUAGAUGCAGUGAAGUAAAGGAUUUCCCUCCCCAUAAGGCUUGGCACCAGUAACUGUUGCAGCAUCCAGUCCAUUUAGCUAUUUUAAAGCACUAAGGGCUAUAUUCUGCUCCUGGUUAUACUGGAAUAACCCAAAUGAGAUGAAGACCAUGAUCCAAAUUGGCAACUGUGUAAACAAAAGUGAAAUCUGGCCCAACAUAUUUCUGACUGUAUUAUAGAUUUGUCAAAACUUGAGCUCUUCUAUAUGAUGGUAGAUAUUUUUGUUAAAAUUUAAAAAGACAUUUAUUACAAGAGAUUUUUGGAAUAGUGCUGGACAGCUUUUUAGGAUAAGUAUAUUUUUAAAAUAUUUGAAAUGGAAAUAUUUUUUUAAAGCUCUGUGUAUUUAAAUUGUUAUCUAGAGUAGCUGUGAGGGCUUAAAUUAAUGAACAACAUAGUAAUAAGCAAGCUAAGGACUGUAUGCUAUUAUAAAGUAAUUAGAGCUGAUAAAAAGUAGCAUUUGUUUAACUACUGUAAAUGCUAUUAUUUCUUUUGAAAAGCACUCUUUGUUCAAAAUACUGCCUUGCUCAGUGGGAGGGAGUCACCCUGAGUGGCUGGGGUGCCAGAGUCCAGCCUUCCUCAGCAUCCUGGGGAUCCCAGCCAGCAGGGAUCAGCUGGAAAACCUUCAGUGAACCACAGUCUGUCCGUGCCUCAGCUACCUACAGCGUGACCACCACACCAGCCCUGAUCCCCUGAAGAGCUUUGGGGCUGCAGGGGCAGAGCUGUGCCCCAGGGCUGUCCUGGGAUCUGCCCUGUCUGUCUGUCCUGGGGGCUGUCCUGGGAUCUGCCCUGUCCAGCUGUCCUGGGGACUGUCCUGUCCACCUGUCCUUGGGAUCUGCCCUGUCCGACUGUCCUGGGGGCUGUCCCUGGGAUCAGUCCUGUCUGUCUGCCCUGUCCGACUGUCCUGGGGAUCAGCCCUGUCUGGCUGUCCUUGGGAUCUACCCUGUCUGACUGUCCUGGGGGCUGUCCCGUCCACCUGUCCUUGGGAUCUGCCCUGUCCAUCUGUCCUGGGGGCUGUCCGUGGGGUCUGCCCUGUCUGGCUGUCCCUGGGACCUGCCCUGACCAGCUGUCCCUGAGAUCUGCCCUGUCCAUCUGUCCUGUGAUCAGCCCUGUCCGACUGUCCUGUCCAGAUCCUGGGGAUCUGCCCUGUCCAGCUGUCCUGGGGACUGUCUAUGGGAUCAGCUCUGUCCGUCUGUCCUGGGAUCAGCCCUGUCCGUCCAUCCUGGGGCAGUGGGGCUGCCCUGGCAGCUCUGCAGUUGCUCCCUGGGCUGACAGGGCUCGCUCUGGGUGUGCCCCACGCUGAGGUCCCAGCCAGCAGGGAAGAGUUUCAGAUUAUCCAAUGCACUCACUGCUUGCAUUGGUGGGAUUAUUACUUCUGAAAACAACACUGAGACAGAAUUAAGCAGGAGAGUGAGAGGCUAUUCUGUAUCAAUACUGUCUUAUUCUGAUACAAUUCCUUCAAGAAAAAUGAAAU